UCGUGCGUCCGCUGGAGCGCGGUCCACUAUGAUCUUACUCGCCCUCAGCUCUGGAAGACGGCUGGGUCUCGUGCAUCACUCGGGGGCGGUUUUCUUGCAGACCUUGCUUUGGAUUGUAUGUGCUGCCGUCUGCGGAACGGAGCAGUAUUUCAAUGUGGAGGUGUGGCUGCAGAAGUACGGCUACCUGCCGGCGCCCGGCCCGCACGCGUCGGCCCUGCGCUCCGCCGCGACCAUGCAGUCGGCGCUGGCCGCCAUGCAGCAGUUCUACGGCAUCAACACGACGGGCCGCGUGGACCCGGACACGCUCGCCUGGAUGAAGAAGCCUCGAUGCGGUGUGCCUGACCAGACAAGAGGUAGCUCCAAAUUUAAUAUUCGUCGAAAGCGAUACGCAUUAACAGGACAGAAGUGGCAGCACAAACACAUCACUUACAGCAUCAAGAACGUCACCCCGAAGGUCGGAGACCCCGAAACGCGGAAGGCCAUCCGCCGCGCCUUCGACGUGUGGCAGAAUGUGACGCCGCUGACGUUCGAGGAGGUGCCGUACGGAGAGCUGGAGAGCGGCAGGCGCGACGCGGACAUCACCAUCAUCUUCGCGUCCGGCUUCCACGGCGACAGCUCCCCGUUCGACGGCGAGGGCGGCUUCCUGGCGCACGCGUACUUCCCGGGCCCGGGCAUCGGCGGCGACACGCACUUCGACUCGGACGAGCCCUGGACGCUGGGGAACCCCAACCACGACGGAAACGACCUGUUCCUCGUGGCGGUUCACGAGCUGGGACACGCGCUGGGGCUGGAGCACUCCAACGACCCCACGGCCAUCAUGGCGCCCUUCUACCAGUACAUGGACACCGAGAGCUUCCGGCUGCCCAGCGACGACCUGCAGGGCAUCCAGAAGAUAUACGGGCCGCCCGACAAGACUCCUCCGCCAACGCGAGCCCUGCCCACGGUGCCCCCGCAGCGCUCUGUGCCGCCGGCUGACCCUCGCAAGAACGACAGGCCCCGGCCGCCGCGGCCGCCCACGGGCAGACCCGCAGCCCCCGGGGCCAAGCCCAGCAUCUGCGACGGAGACUUCAACACUCUGGCGGUUCUGCGCAGGGAGAUGUUCGUUUUCAAGGACCAGUGGUUCUGGCGCGUCAGGAACAACAGGGUGAUGGACGGCUACCCCAUGCAGAUCACGUACUUCUGGCGGGGCCUGCCGCCCGGCAUCGACGCGGUGUACGAGAACAGCGACGGCAACUUCGUCUUCUUCAAAGGUAACAAAUACUGGGUGUUCAAGGACACGACCCUCCAGCCUGGGUACCCCCACGACCUGGUGACGCUCGGGAGCGGGGUCCCCCCGCAUGGCAUCGACUCGGCCAUCUGGUGGGAGGACGUCGGGAAGACCUACUUCUUCAAGGGGGACAGGUACUGGAGAUACAGCGAAGAGAUGAAGACCAUGGACCCUGGCUACCCCAAGCCCAUCACGGUCUGGAAGGGCGUCCCCGACUCUCCCCAGGGAGCCUUCGUGCAUAAGGAGAACGGCUUUACGUACUUCUACAAAGGGAAGGAAUACUGGAAGUUCAACAACCAGAUGCUCAAGGUCGAGCCCGGGUUCCCCAGGUCCAUCCUCAAGGACUUCAUGGGCUGCGACGGAGCGAUGGACAGGGACAAAGGAGGACACAGCCCACCGGACGACGUAGACAUCGUCAUCAAGUUGGACAACACGGCCAGCACUGUGAAAGCCAUCGCCAUCGCCAUCCCCUGCACGCUGGCCCUGUGCCUCCUGGUGCUGGUCUACACCGUGCUCCAGUUCAAGAGGAAGGGGGCUCCGCGCCACAUACUGUACUGCAAGCGCUCCAUGCAGGAGUGGGUGUGACGCCCGCCCCCGCGGGGCCCUGGUAGCCGCAGAGUCGAGGCACGUGCUGCUCCGCGGGUGCCCGGCGGGCAGCGGGCUGGUGGCGGCCCGGGCCGGGGCGGCCUUUCAGACCCGGAGCUGCGCCUGAGCGGAGCCGGCUGUGGGGGCUCCAUGCACAGCUCCUGCCGCCCCCGGCCCUUUGUCCUUCCUCGUCAUUCAGUUCUAGGCCUUUCCUCUGCACGCUCGACGCCCGGUAAGUGUUCAGGAGUGAGUCCCGAGGGACAGAAGAGGCGUCGUCUUCUUCCAGGGUGAUGGUACUGCUCUCCUUCGGAGCUCCGCCCCCGUCGGGGGAAGGGAAGCGACACGGAUUCGAAGAGGUCGACAGAGACCGCAGCUGACCUUUCAGGAAGCGCGAAGACCCCAAACAGCUUCGUCUCCAAAGAAGAUGGCGCUCUGGCUGCUGGGGAAGCGCCCUGCUCCCCGAGAGGCCGGCCGCGCCCCACACACGAGGGGCCAAUUCUCUGCAAUAUGGAAACAGCCUUAAUGACACGUCGUUUUCCGUUUUCUGCAGCUGUUCUCAGCCGUGUCCCCAGCAUCCCAUCACAUCGCACUCGGAGCUGUGUCCCAGUGGGAGCCCGCCCGCCCCUGCUGAGUCAUUGUGGCGACCCCGCCCCCAGCUGCGUGAGGCCGUGGCCCAGGCCUUCCCUGGGUCUGUCAUUGUAGCAGUGAGAAGCGCUAUGUCCCUAAGGAGGUGCAGUGACAGCCGUUCCGUCAGGCCACACGACACCAGUGACACGUCCGGUGACCCUUUGAGAACUGUCAGAUCAUCUUUCAGAGUCGCAGGCUGUCGGUCUUGCUCCUUGGUGGACUGUCCACCUGGGUAGCGGUGACAGCAGGCACAGGUUCAAGGUCAGGUUUUUAAAACAGAUAUCCUAUCGCCCAUGUAAUUUUUAAGUGAUUUCCGGUACUACAGAAACGCAUUUAUGACAGAGAUGAUGUUACUUGCCAAAACGUUUCCUGGCAAAUAAAAAGGUAUUUUAUUAAGUA